AUGCGCUCCGGAUACCGCUUAGUGAUAAUCGUGAGCCUUUUUAUGGUGAUAAUCUAUAUAUUCAUCAGCGAGGUGUUCAAUGGUGGUCGUGGACAUGUUAUGCUGUUCAAACAGCUUCCAGUACGAGAAGUUCCAGCGGCUGUUCCGGAUACGGAUGAACCGAUCAUAACAACCUCGGCUGGGACGACGCUUUCCAAUUUCGUGUACACUACGAUAGGGCUUGAUCCACGAUAUCCGGUCCCACCGGGAGAUAUGGGCCGUCCGGUGGAGAAGGAACUGAAGGAUUCCGUUGUGGACAUCCUGGUGCAAGAUGGUAUACGUACGCAAGGUUUGAAUACGUACUUUUCGGAUCUGAUGUCAGUCCGCCGGAGACUGCCAGAAAUUCGUGACCGCUGGUGUCGAGAGCCGGGACGAUAUCCUGCCAACCUACCACCGACUUCGAUCGUGAUCGUGUUCUACAACGAGGCAUGGUCUGUGCUGGUGCGCACCGUGCACUCGAUUCUCGAUCGUUCACCAGCCAAUCUCAUUCACGAAAUUGUACUUGUGGAUGACUAUAGCUAUUUGCCACAUCUUAAGACACAGCUACAGGAAUACUUUGCGCGCUACGAGAAAGUUCGCAUUAUGCGUGCUCCGAAGCGAUUAGGAUUGAUACGGGCAAGGAUGUUUGGGGCACAAAACACGACCACUGAUCUUAUCACUUUCCUCGAUGCGCAUGUAGAAGUCACUGUAGGCUGGCUGGAGGCGCUGCUCGAUGUGGUGGCGCAAAGUUGGACCACCAUUGCGUUACCAACGAUCGAUUGGAUCGACGAGCACAACAUGAAGUACAAGGACGAUAGGGCACCGAUUUUCAUCGGAGCGUACGAUUGGGAUCUCAACUUUGGCUGGUGGGGCCGCUGGUCCAUGAAGAAAAAGUAUGAAAACAAGAUGGUCCCGUUCGACACGCCAGCGAUGGCCGGUGGACUAUACACCAUCAAUCGUACGUUCUUCGAGAAGCUCGGUUGGUACGACGAGGGUUUUGAUAUUUACGGCAUCGAAAACAUUGAACUAUCGAUGAAGAGCUGGAUGUGCGGUGGUAAAAUGGUGACCGUGCCGUGCUCUCGUGUUGGCCACAUCCAAAAGACUGGCCAUCCAUAUCUUCAAAGCGAAAAGAAGGACGUGGUGCGUGCAAACUCGAUCCGUUUAGCCGAGGUGUGGAUGGAUGAGUACAAGCACGUGAUCUUCGACAUCCACGGUAUUCCGCACUACCUGGAGGAGGAAUUCGGUUCCGUCGAAAACCGAAAGAGGAUUCGACAGCGUUCCGGGUGUCGUGAUUUCCGUUAUUACAUCGAGAAUGCGUUCCCCGAGAUGCGCAAUCCCGGUGUUGUCGGAGCAUUCCGCGGAGAGGUGCACAGUGUCGUGCUAGGAGCGGCCAGCUGUCUCGAGUAUAGGCCUUCCGAUGCUUUCCUAGGAAUGGCACCGUGUGAUGGCAAGCAACGGAACCAAUUCUGGACCCACAACUACUACGAGGAGUUGAACAGUUAUCAGCAUUGUAUCGAUUUUACUGGGAGCGCUCUGGGAGUGUUUGUAUGCCAUCGAUCGCGCGGUAACCAAGCCUGGCGUGUACUGGAGCACACGGGACAGAUCCAGAGUGUUAAGCAUCAGCAGUGUCUAGCGCUGAAUCUUCUCACGAACGUGACACUCACGAUGGAACAGUGUGACGAUAAGCGUUCUGCUCAGCGUUGGACCCUCAACUAUAUCCGUUAUGAUCUGACGCCAUUCCAAGCGAAAGUUUGACGUGGCAUGAACGAACGAAGCCAGUGAUUCUUGCAGCUGCGAGCAUCCAUCAACGAGUGCGUCGUUCCCCCUCUUGGACGCCUAUUAAUUAAUCCGUAAAGCUAUCACCGUCCGGGUAGUGUGCCGGUUAUCGCGCCAGCGAUAAGACAACAAUCGUGCAGCACACGUUUUCCGUCGGGGAUUUACGAGCUUACGACCUCGAUCGGGUCGAUCCGGACGCUGAAAGUUGUAAAACAACUCGUUAUCGAUGUUUCAAUUCUCAAACUGAC